UCCCUGGGGCUUCUGCCAUAGGGUCUCCAGAUCACUGAGCACACAAUGCUUGGAUGAGCAGAGCAUUGUUAUGUAACAGCCUCUCUCCCUUUACUUAGCAGAGGUGGUAAGCCUCUUGCCUCACUCUGCUCUCCUCAUGCUCUGAUGUCUUAGUCUUGUCUGUCACCCAGUGGACCAGAUUUGGUUUGGUCCAUGGCUCCNUUCCUCAGACCAUCUACCUGGACUUUGGCCCUCCUGAGAGGUGCUCUCUGGCUCUCUGUGCUCUGGGCACUGUUGUCUCCUGCCUGCUGUUCCCGUAGCCCACCCAAAUGGCGCUUCUCUACCUCUGAAAUUGUCAUCCCCAGGAAGGUUCCCCAGAGAAUGGGCAAAAGUGAUAUGUCAGGGCACAUCACCUAUAGCAUGCGCUUUAGGGGACAAAGACAUGUGGUCCACAUGAAACUCAAGAAAAACAUGAUUCCUCAAAAUUUUCCUGUAUAUACCUCUAAUGACCAAGGAGCCCAGCAGAAGGAUUACCCAUUUGUUCCUCGGGAUUGUUACUUCUACAGCUACCUGGAAGGAGUCCCUGGGUCCCAAGCUACACUAGAUACCUGCACUGGAGGUCUGAAAGGCAUGAUACAGGUGGAUGACUUCACUUAUGAAAUCAAACCGUUGGCAUCGUCUUCCAAAUUUGAGCAUGUAAUUUCUCUGCUUGUGGUGGACGAAAGGUCACGUGAGUCGAAAAAGUGUAGAAAUGAUGAGAUUAUGGCAAAGGCAGGUGACCUCCCUCAAGAGACUAAGCUCGCUGGAAGUCCCAGAGCAGCCCCUGUAUAUCUGUGGCGUUACCAUUUGAAAGGUGUAGGAAUACAGUACACGGUGACUCAUGAAUUAUUCCAACAAACUGGGAGCAAUUGCUCCACCUCAGUUGAGUUAAUACUGAUUAUGAACAGCAUUUCAGAUAGCAUUUAUAAAAUAAGUGGAUUGAUUGUGUAUGCACGUAGUGUAUGGAUUUGGAAUACGAAGAACCUACAAAAAAUACCCGAUCAAUAUGACAACAAUGCUUGGAAUACUAUGGCAAGUUUUGGCGUAUGGAAAGCUAAAAUAGCAAAAGAUACUUAUGCCACUACAGCUCUUCUGCUUGCCUCAAAACCAAAAGAUUCAGAUUAUGCAGGCUUUCAGGGUGGAUUAUGUAACCCCAACUGGGGAGUAUUAUAUACAUAUGUAGGAAAAAACCAUUUAUUUCUGGCUGGAUCUUUCCUGGCACAUGCAAUGGGUCACCUUCUGGAAGUAAGCCAUGAUACACCAGGCUGUGUUUGUUUCAGAAGGAGCAGUUGUCUCAUGGAUGAAUUUCCUACUCUUCAGGAUAUGAUUAGCAAUUGUUCCCAUAAUGUGAUACAUAGGCGGAUCCAUGAAUGGGACCCUUGCUUGAGUUUAGAGCGUCAUACAGCUGAAGAAGUAAAGAUCCAUGCAGUUCCUCGUUGUGGAAAUAAGAAAGUAGAGGCCAGUGAGAAAUGUGACUGUGGUUCUGUGAAAGACUGUACCACUGAUAAGUGUUGUGAAGUCAAUUGCGACUUUACUCAGGGCAGCUCUUGUGCUGUAGGAGGUUGCUGUCGAUCUUGUAAGUUUGCACCCACUGGAACAAUAUGCAGAGACAAAAAUGGUAUUUGUGAUCUUCCAGAGUACUGUAGUGGAGUCUCAGAGCAUUGCCCAGGAAAUUUUUACAUCAUGGACGGAACUCCUUGUUCUCCACUGGCAGUCUGCAUAGCAGGAAACUGUAGUGACCGUCAUUUGCAGUGUCAAGCUCUUUUUGGAUACCAAGUAAAGGAUGGUUCACCAGCAUGCUAUAAUGAAUUAAAUGUCAAAGGCGACCGAUUUGGAAACUGUGGCGUUAGAAUCAUACGAGGAGGAAGCCAACCUGUCCCAUGUCAAAAGGAGGAUGUUUUUUGUGGAAUGAUCCACUGCGAUGGUGUCAAGUAUAUUCCUGGUGGAGAAACUAAAGAAGAGGAGUAACAUUCUGCUGUUAACAGACAGUUGACUUCAUACCAAACUAUUUGACGCCACACAAUGGACAAAAUCUAUGUCAAUUACCACAAGAAAUUGUUGAUGAUGUGUAACCAUUGGUAAAUUGAAGAAUUUCAUCUUGAAAUAAAAUCA